UGUUGGAAAAAUGAAUUAUACAGAUUUCUUUUAAGCCCAAGUAGUCCACGUUCUUGAAACCCUACUUUCUCCCAACGCAAACGGCUGAAGACCUCUCUCUUUCUAAUAAAUAUAUAUAUACACGCAAAAACAACUUCCCUCUUCCCAUAAAUAUUUCCUCAAAUUUCUCGUGUUUCAUCAGUACUACCCCGUGCGACAUCAUUCUGCUCCGAUAUGGUUUCUUCUUCUUCUUCUUCUUCCGAUACUACUGCUGAAAGGUCUAGAAGAGCAACGACGUCAACGUCGUCGCCGAUGGCGGCGGUAGCUGACCGAGCCUCGUGGUACUGUGCAGUGGUUCUUCUGGGCCUGAUCUUGGUGGCCUCGGUGCGCCAGAACUCUCUCUCGGACGAUUCCUUUAGAGGGAACCGGUUCUUGGACCGACCCUGUGAUGAAAUUUAUGUCGUUGGAGAAGGCGAAACGCUCCACACCAUCAGCGACAAGUGCAGUGACCCGUUUAUUGUGGAGCGCAACCCGCAUAUCCAUGACCCGGAUGAUGUCUUCCCCGGCCUUGUCAUCAAGAUUACCCCUUCCAACCGGUUCAACUAGAAUCACCUUUCUCGGCUCUGGCUGGCUCCGGUUUGUGCACAGCUCCUUGUAUCAUAUACAUACUUACAUACAUACUCGUGAGUUUUCCGAUAUAGAGAGUCGAUUUUCUUGUCACUUUCUUCUUUUUCUAUAUGUAACAAAAAAAAAUUAUAGAUAGAGAGUUGGAAAUUGUUACGUGAUCUCUAAAAUUCAGUCUUGGAAUAUUAGAGAGGGAUCUUUCUUUUAGGUCCCCCAGUUCAAGAUAUUGUAAAAUCAUUCUCAAUUUUCUUGAUCCUCAAACGAAAUAAAUUUUCCUCUUUUUUU